CUUAUGGUGGGCAGGACGUAUGCACAAUUCUAGAUCCACUUCUGAGGCCAAUACUGGAGGAUAGUUCUAGGCAAAACAUAUCCUCUACAGCUUUCGGCGUCAGCUUCAUCUUGUCCUCCCACGGGUCAACUUCCCUCGCUAAUACCCCUUGACGGUAGAGCCCUGCGUCCCAAACAUGUGGCUGGAGACAAAAACGCUGCCGGUCCCCGGGAAGGCCAUGAAUAGUACCGAUCUUUUCUCGAAUACAGUGCUUGUUCAUACUAGCAGACGCAUGUACCACGCAAGACUCUCAGAAUAGUGGUUGUGGCUGACGGCAAUCGUACGAAAAGAUCUGGAGGGCAAUAAUCCUGCCAUAAGGCUGAAUUGGAAAGGGAGGGAAUGUUUGACAAGAAACAAAAGUCGCAACAAUGUUCUAGACCAAAAUGUACCUCCAACACAUCCAAAAGCGCGCCGCCAAACGUUGCUCUCCUUGCCCUGACGGUCAAUCCAUCCGCAAACGCAUCAAAACCCACCACGGCCGCGACUUUCCGCAUCGAACAUCGAACCCAGCACAACAGAAGACACCGUUUCGAAGCACCGCGAACAUGGCCAACUUCCUCGCCUCCAUCUUCGGCACCGAACUCGACAAGGUCAACUGCUCCUUCUACUUCAAGAUCGGCGCUUGCCGCCACGGCGACCGCUGCUCCCGGAAACAUGUCAAGCCGAGCUAUUCGCAGACUAUCCUGAUGCCCAACCUCUACCAGAACCCGGCCUACGACCCCAAAAACCGCAUGAACCCGUCCCAGUUGCAGAACCACUUUGACGCCUUUUACGAGGACAUUUGGUGCGAGCUCUGCAAGUACGGCGAGCUUGAGGAGCUUGUCGUCUGCGACAACAACAAUGAUCACCUCAUAGGAAACGUCUACGCCCGCUUCAAGUACGAGGACUCGGCCCAAAAGGCCUGCGAUGACCUCAACUCGCGGUGGUAUGCUGCGCGGCCCAUAUACUGCGAGCUGUCGCCCGUCACCGACUUCCGUGAGGCCUGCUGCCGCCUCAAUUCAGGCGAGGGCUGUGUCCGCGGCGGCUUCUGCAACUUUAUCCACCGCAAGAAUCCUUCCGAGGACCUCGACCGCGACCUCACGCUGAGCACGAAGAAGUGGCUCAAGGACCGCGGCCGCGACGAGCGUAGCCCCUCGCGCUCGCCCACCCCGGAGCCCACGCGCCGCCGAUACUAGGCUCUUUGGGAUAGCCACGGUGGAAGUGGCGGCUCUGGUAUCGGAACCUUCCGAUGACGCUGUGACAGGGUGGAGGUGUCCUACAACGAUGCCACAAGCCCAAUAGCGGCGGGCCCCAAAACUACAAAUGAAGCGACCCUGGAGGGUUUUCGUCGGCCCCUUAACCGGGCAUCUCGACAAGAAUAGUGGGAGUAGGCGCAGUCGCACCGGGAGCGGCGGCCGGGAACUGACACGGCUUAGGAAGAGAGGGAAGUCCACACCGACUUCUGAAGGGAGAGAGGCGAAUCCUCAAAAAUCGAUUUGAUACCCGACCCCCGUAUUCAUUGUCAAGACGGGGGGGACUGGACAGCCCACAGAAGAGAGAGUUGGUACGAGUGAGCGAGUUGAGACGGUGAGAGGGACAGAGCGGCGUUCAAGGCGUUUCGAGGGCGGGUUUUAUGGGUUCUUGAAAGGGCAGAACACCAUGUAUAAAACAUGUCGGAAUAGGUAAUGCCUCCAAAUGAAGAGCAACCACACACCCC